AUGAGAUACUCGACUAUUUUUUCAUCUACAGCUUUAAUUGCUUCUACUUUCGCUGCUUAUGUUCCAUCUGAACCAUGGACCACCUUGACUCCUACUGGAUCUGCUCCAAGCGGUGCAAGCACCGACCACACUCAUAAGUUCGGUAUCCAAGUUAAGACCGUGGAAUCUUCGGUUGCUAUCUCUUCUACAGUUGCAGAAACAGAAUCUGCCAUUACUACUGCUGCUGCUUCUGCCAGUGACAAUGCUAAGAGAGAUGUUAAUCAAAUUGGUGACGGUCAAAUCCAACAACAAACUGAUGCAGCUUCAACUGCUUCAGUUGUUAACCAAAUUGGCGAUG